UCUAGAUGCUUAGAUAUCAUCCAAAAUGGUCCAAGCCCCUUUAACAAAAGGAUUUAGAAUAGCUAAGAUGAAGAGUAUUCUUUGACUACAAUGGAUCAAAUCACUACAAAACAGACAAUCCUGGGAGAUUUGGAAGAGGAACACAAUGAAUACCCUAUUUUUGUGGUUAGCACCAUGACUACUGUCUUGAUUAUCACUAUCAGUGGGGACAUUGUGGGAAACCUUCUGGUCAUCACUUCAGUUUUUAGAAAUAAAAAACUUCGGAAAGCAGGUAAUGCUUUUGUCGUCAGUUUAGCAGUGGCGGACUUGCUGGUGGCCUGUUACCCAUACCCCUUGAUUCUGCUGGCAGUCUUCAAUCAAGGUUGGAAUAUGGGCCCCUUGCACUGCCAGUUGAGUGGCUUUUUCAUGGGACUCAGUGUAAUGGGCUCUGUUUUUAAUAUCACCGGCAUUGCGGUCAACCGUUACUGCUAUAUCUGUCACAGUACUUUGUAUCAUCGGAUUUUCUCCAAUACCAGCACUGUUUGCUAUGUGGGGCUGGUCUGGGCCUUAGCUUUGGCAGCCAUUGUGCCAAACCUUUUUGUGGGAUCCCUUCGUUAUGACCCUCGUGUUUUCUCCUGCACUUUCUCCCAGUCUGUCAGCUCAUUUUACACCAUUGUUGUUGUGAUCUUCCAUUUCUUUUUGCCAAUUAGUGUAGUAAGUUACUGUUAUCUACGUAUUUGGGUAUUGGUGCUCAACAUCCGUCAUAGAGUCAGAUCUGAUAGAAGCCUCCGAUCUCAAACCUGGCCUUACAAUAUACAUAGUUUUAUUACCAUGUUUGUGGUGUUUGUGCUCUUCGCAGUAUGCUGGGGACCCCUGAACAUCAUUGGAUUAACAGUUGCUAUACACCCAUCUUUAGGAGAUUCUGUCCCAAGUUGGCUGUUUGUAGCUAGCUACUUUAUGGCUUAUUUUAACAGCUGCCUCAACGCUGUAGUCUAUGGAGCAUUAAACAAAAAUUUCCGCAGAGAGUACAAGAAAAUCAUGUUGAACAUUUUCCAGAUGGCUUAAGGCAUUGUCAAACAUUUUAGUCUUUAAAUUAUAUACAAAAAUAAAUAUUUCAUUACAUAUAAUAAA